AUGAAAGAUGCAUAUGUGUAUCUCGGAGUGACUUUGUUCAUGCUGUCACGCCGGGGAUUGGCUGUGCAAGGCGACUUCGCAGCAGCAGACUCAAGAGAAGCCGAUGACUGGGACUGGAAAGGCAGCCGGCAAACCCGCGAGGGAAGAUCGGCGAUGACGAGAGAAGUGGAGGAUGCGCUGGAGGGCCCGAUGGACCCUGUUGAGGCGCUAAUCCAUUCGACAGGCCAGGAUUUCGAGGAAGAAAAAAGUAGUGGUAAAAAUCGUAGUCGUCGUGGUGAAAUACAUAUGCGGAAAAUUCGAGUGAUUCAGCGUGGACAACGCUUGGUAUGUUCCUCAUCCUCCCGUGAUCACACCAGAACGAAUGGAUACAAUGAAAUGGAAGGGUCGGUGGAGCCCGUCGCGUGGCUGAAACGAGAUCGCACGUCCGAUCCCGCCGAUGAUCCCUCUCCGUCCGAAGGGUCACUGGCUAUGGCUACCAAUCACCAUCGCAAUCUGGUGCCCCGAAAAAACAACAUGCUCAAGCAGCGAAUGAUUGAUAGAUUGAAUGACAUCCACAUCCGCCAGUUCAACUCCCGCACGCUCGCAUACAUAGGAAAGACAAAGGCGCAUCAUCCCACUCACUCACGCGCAUGGGCCCUCAACACAGAAGAAAAAUGA